AUGCGAUGCGCUUCUUUAAGCGCCUCCGUACUUACGCCCGGCCGCGGUGCAGGUGUGGCCGCGUCCACGGACACCUUGCAACUCCAGAAUUCGCAACACGAUGUCCAACAAAUUCGGUGGUACAGCAAAAAAGUCCACGAGCACUUCUUCAACCCGAGAAACGCCGGCGCGUUUGACCUGUCUGACCCCGAGACAAGGUCGAAGGUUGGAACGGCGGUUGUCGGCAAGGCUGCUUGCGGCGACGUCAUCAAGCUUCAGGUGCUAGUUGAAGAUGGGAAAAUCAGAGAUGCACGCUUCAAGACGUUCGGGUGCGGGAGCGCGAUCGCCUCUUCGUCGUACGCCACGGAGCUCAUCAAGGGCAAGACAUGCGAUGACGCGCUGAAGCUGAAAAACACGGAUAUCGCGGAGUAUCUCAACUUGCCUCCUGUUAAGGUCCACUGCAGUCUGUUGGCGGAAGACGCAGUCCGGCACGCGAUUUUGGACUACCAAAAGAAACAGAAAGAAGCGCAGGUUUCUGGCGCCUCCACUUCGGUGGACAGAACCGGGGCAAGCGGGCAGAAGCAGGCUGUGUCUGCUGGGACUCCCCCGUAG